AUGGGCGAAGACGAGGAGCGCUUCAGCUCACAGACUCACCGCGGAGGAAACGGGGAAGAAGGAGAGGGCGGAAGGUCUCUGGACCCCGAGAGAGAGAGGAGAUAUGCGGAGCUGUUCGAGCAGCUGGACCUAAAUAAAGAUGGCAGGGUGGACAUCAGUGAACUGAAGAUCGGGCUCGCAGCUCGUGGUUUACAUGAAGGAGAGGCAGAAGAGAUAGUCCUGGAGAGCGACAUCAACCAUGAUGGUUUGCUGGAUUUCCAGGAGUUCUCCCAGUACCUGCAGGCUCAUGAGAGGACGCUGUGGCUCAUUUUCCACAACCUCGACCGUAACCAUGAUGGGCGAAUUGAUGUGGGGGAGAUUCAACACUCGCUGCACAAGCUUGGAGUGGAGGUCUCUAUGGAGCAGGCCUCCAAAAUACUGCAGAGUAUGGACAGAGAUGGAACUAUGACCAUUGACUGGAUGGAAUGGCGAGAUCAUUUCCUGUUCAAUCCUCUCCACAACAUGGAGGAGAUUGUCCACCACUGGAAACACUCCCAUAUGUUUGACAUCGGGGAACAUCUGACGGUGCCAGAUGAGUUCUCAGAACGGGAGCGGCGAUCGGGUCUGGUGUGGCGGCAGCUGGUUGCUGGAGCGAUGGCAGGAGCGGUGUCCCGGACAGGAACUGCCCCUCUGGACCGCCUCAAAGUCUUUCUACAGGUACAUGGAUCAGCGUCGCAGGGGAAGAAUCUGUGGUCGGGGCUGAGGGGGAUGGUGAAGGAAGGAGGCGUCUUAGCACUCUGGAGAGGAAAUGGCAUCAAUGUCCUGAAGAUUGCCCCUGAAUCUGCCAUUAAGUUUAUGGCGUAUGAACAGAUUAAGUGGGUGAUUCGAGGCAGUAAAGAGGGUGGAACUUUAAGGGUACAAGAGAGGUUCAUUGCUGGUUCACUGGCAGGAGCCACCGCCCAAACCAUCAUCUACCCCAUGGAGGUGCUGAAGACUCGUCUUACAUUAAGGAAGACGGGCCAAUACUCAGGGAUGGCUGAUUGUGCCAGACAGAUCCUGAAGACGGAGGGAGUCCGGGCUUUCUAUAGGGGCUACCUGCCAAAUACACUGGGCAUAAUCCCCUAUGCUGGCAUCGACUUGGCUGUGUAUGAGACUCUGAAGAACGCCUGGCUCCAGAGGUACUGUGUAGAUACGGCAGAUCCAGGUGUUUUGGUCCUGCUGGGCUGCGGUACCAUCUCCAGCACAUGCGGCCAGCUGGCGUCCUAUCCCCUUGCUCUCAUUCGGACACGCAUGCAGGCUCAAGCUCUCACUGAGGGAAACCCAAAGCUGACCAUGGUGGGCCAGUUCAAAUACAUCAUAUCCCAUGAAGGCGUACCGGGCCUGUAUCGUGGUAUCACCCCCAACUUUCUCAAAGUCAUUCCUGCUGUCAGCAUCUCCUAUGUUGUGUACGAGCACAUGAAGAAAGUCCUUGGAGUGGGUUAUUAG